GAGAGCUGCAGUCAUACAGCAACAGAGUUUAGACCGCGUCUCUGCUUCAUCAUCCGAGGGGAAGCAUUCUCAGAAGAGGCAGGAGCUUUUCAGAGGACAACAAAUAGGGAACAGUAACUGUUUACGUUGCCCAUUUCUCCAGCAUGAGGCGGUGGGAAGGGCUUGCUCCCUCGCUCUUAGCCCACAUCCCUGAGCUUUGUGUGAAUGUGAAGACCAGACGGAGCUAGACAAGGUUCAUGAUUUAAAAGUGCCUAUGUGAAGUCACUUUUGCUGGAAACUGCUGCUACACGUCUGUCUGUGUUUUCAAAGCUUGGUCUCUGCCAACUACCCAUUGUCCUGACCUUAUGUAUGGCAGAAGAUACCUCAACCGUUUCAGUGUACCAAUUGCUUGACUUCAACAUUAAAAAGACAGAAGGAAAAAGGAACUGCUAGAACUUGAACAGCUGACUGUGUGAUUUUUCCAGCUGUAAUCAAUACCAGCAACAGCAUACGAAGAACUAAUAUUCUUUCAAGGAGUGCCAUUACAUUGGAGUCACUUUAUUAAAAACAGUGGUGUCAGCGGAACAAUCAAGAGACGCAGACAUUUUACAGCCAGAGAUGACACUGAACGGGUUUUUAUUGCAGUACACGGUCUACAAGUGGGGCAUAUUGAUUGAUGAGUGACUGCUUGCUGAUAAAUUGUCUUUUCUUGUUCUGCUUUGUGCAUACUGGACUCCAUUAAGCAAUUUAUUACUUCUUUGAGGCUAAGAGCUGUAUGCAUUUUUUUUCUUACCUCUAGUUUUUGGAGCUUGAAUUGACAUAAUUCAUUUAAUAGUAAUUCACAAAAUCUAAUUUACUUUUUCGUCAUGGCUUUGAACGUUGCUCCUGUGAGAGAUACAAAAUGGCUGACAUUAGAAGUGUGCAGACAGUUUCAGAGAGGAACUUGUUCACGCUCUGAUGAGGAAUGCAAAUUUGCGCAUCCCCCCAAAAGUUGCCAGGUUGAAAAUGGCCGGGUAAUUGCCUGCUUUGAUUCUCUAAAGGGCCGUUGCUCGAGAGAGAAUUGCAAGUAUCUUCAUCCACCAACACAUCUGAAAACACAACUGGAAAUUAACGGGAGGAACAAUUUGAUUCAGCAAAAAACUGCGGCAGCCAUGCUUGCCCAGCAGAUGCAAUUCAUGUUUCCAGGAACACCACUUCACCCAGUACCCACGUUUCCUGUUGGCCCAGCAAUUGGAGCAAACACGGCAAUUAGUUUUGCACCUUAUUUAGCACCUGUCACCCCAGGAGUUGGAUUGGUUCCUACUGAAAUUCUACCCUCUACACCUGUUAUUGUUCCUGGAAGUUCACCUGUCACUGUCCCUGCUUCAGCAGCUUCUCAGAAACUCCUUCGGACAGACAAACUAGAGGUGUGCAGGGAGUUCCAACGAGGGAAUUGUGCCCGGGGAGAAACUGACUGCCGCUUUGCACAUCCUGCAGACAGCACAAUGAUUGAUACAAACGACAACACUGUAACCGUUUGUAUGGAUUACAUAAAGGGUCGUUGCAUGAGGGAGAAAUGCAAAUAUUUUCACCCUCCUGCACAUUUGCAGGCCAAAAUCAAAGCUGCUCAGCACCAAGCCAACCAAGCUGCAGUGGCAGCUCAAGCAGCCGCCGCAGCUGCUACCGUGAUGACUCAGUCGACUGCCAAAGCAAUGAAGCGACCUCUCGAAGCAGCUGUAGACCUGGCUUUUCCUCCUGGGGCUCUUCACCCUUUACCAAAGAGACAAGCACUUGAAAAAGGCAGUGGGGCCAGUGCGGUUUUUAAUCCCAGUGUCUUACACUAUCAACAGGCUUUAGCCAGUGCCCAGUUGCAGCAACAUGCUGCCUUUAUUCCAACAGGGUCAGUAUUGUGCAUGACACCCGCUACCAGUAUUGUACCCAUGAUGCACAGCGCUACGUCCGCCACUGUCUCUGCAGCAACAACUCCUGCAACAAGUGUCCCCUUCGCCGCAACAGCUACAGCCAAUCAGAUCAUUCUGAAGUAAUCAACAGAAACGGAAUGGAUUGUCAAGAAGCCUCAUUAAGAAUAACUAAACAUUGUUACUGUACAUACUAUCCUGUUUCCUCCUCUAUAGAAUUGCCACAAACUGCAUGCUAAAUAAAGAUUUAGUUCUUAUGGACAGAUCACAAACUCUAAGCUAGUGCUGCUAUAUCAUAUAUGAGUAUUAAAUAUGGUAUGCUUAGUAUAUUCAAACCUAAAAUAGUUACCUACCUGAUACCAGCUGUGAUGUUUCAAUAAAUACACAAAGGGUAAAGUUUACUUUUAAAAGUUCAACAAACAUAGUUUCUGUCCAAGGAAUAUUGUCUUAUCUCCAUAGCUAUAGCAGAUGCAGAAAAUCCAACCAACGGCUUCAUUGGAUUCUUAACAUUUCAAAAUUAGCAAUAAUUAGUUUACAUUGGCUGAUAUGUACUAUGAGAGCAAGUUCAAUUUUAAUUCUAAUUAUUGUAGUUUAGUUCCACCCACUGAGUGAAAAGGAUAGAUUGAUGUUUACUACUUGGUGAGAUGGAGGCAGCUUGGUCCAGAGAAAGAUUGUGAUUCUGGGAGUCAGGAGGCCUGGAUUCUAGUCCUAACUCUGCCACCAGCCUGCUGCGUGAAUGUGUGUGACCUCAGGGAAGCCACAUAACCUUUCUCUGUGCUCAAUUUUAUUAGGUGUAAAAAUGGUGAUAUUAACACCUUGCACUCCCUACUUCACAAGGGAUGUUGUAAGGAUAAAAAUGAAAUAGCCGAUAUGAAAGUGCCCUGGAAAAAAUUAUAAGUGCUUUACAAAUUCAAGAUGUAAAAAUGAUGGUGGCGAUGGAAUGACAGAAAUGACAGAAGAGAACAAAACAGAAAAAUAAAUACCAAUCCUAGAGAUCUAAAAUUUUAUGGAAAAUCUAAGAUAAAGCACAAAUUCUGUGGAUGCCUCGAAGCAUAGUCUUAGGCUUGUCUGGAGAUGCUACAGUGCAUCAUGAAAUUCUAGAAUAACAUAUUUUUUUUUUAAAUGCAUGGUAUGAGCUUCAUACCUCCAAACAACAAAGUCUUGAGAGUGUAAUUUUACAAGUAUAUUUUUAAUGUUAUUUUUCAAGAGAGAGACUUUGGAGAAGUGCCUAAAUUUUGAAACAGUACAUCCAGUGUGCAGGAACUGAGGUCGAUGCCAGUGACUUAUUGUACUUGAUUACUCUUUAAAAUUCCCCCUUCGAGGUGCCUGUUUCUGAGUAACUCCUUUAAAGUGAAACCAUAAAAUACUGAAGCUAUAGGUGAGGAGAUCUGUAUAAUAUUCUAUUUUAAGUAACUUUGAGUUUAGUCUCUGAAAAUACGACUGUGACUUUCAUCUAAUUUACUUUAUAAAUUACAAAGAAAGAAGGCAGAAUUUCAGUUUCAAAAAAAAUCUAUUUGCUUUAUUAUUUGAAAGUUGGAUUCAGGGGUUGCAACUGAUUAUGACAUGGGAAAAGAUAUUUUAAAGAUUUUCCUUUAAAGCAUAUUUUAUGUCUCAAACAUGUAAAACAACUUUUAAUACUACACAUGCAUACAUAUUAUAUAUAGAUACAUGCAUAUUUGCAUAUAUAUGGAUGAAACAGAUUUUAAUGUUGUUUACUUUUUUAAAGACUUAGUUGAUCUUCAAGGUAAGAGCAAUUCAAUUUUGUUCUGAAGGUUAGUUUUAAAAUUUACUUUAAGUACUAUUGUACCAAAUAUUUCAUAUUAUACAUUUUUUAUGUUGCACAUGUAUCAUAUUCUUGCAUAUUUUUAAAAUUAUUGUUUAAAAACAAAACAGCUGUUUUGAAUGAAUAUUCUGUGGAAUUGUUUAAAACAUCAAUUUUCUUUGUGAGCAUAUUAGUGAUUGCAGUAUUUUGACUUAAACCUUUGAGAUUGAAUGUAAAAUAUUUUAAACUUGGCAUCACUGCCUAAUUUAAACACUAGAGGCACUAAUCAUGUGACAUCAUUUGUCGAGGAAAGUAUCAGCUGUUUGAGUUCAUGGUUGUCAAAUAUCUAACAACCCUCCAUUUAUAUUAAAACUGUAGAUUUAAACACCCUGAGGAAAAAAAACCACCCACAAUCCAAAUGUGUUCCUAAUGUAGUGCUUGUACUGUUGCAUUUGUUUUCAUUUGUGAAAAAAUAAUGUACAUGAACUUUUGUUAAUUUGACAGUUAAUAUUUUGUCAUUACUUACUAUUGAUAUUUGUAAAUUUUCUCGGUCAUAACAAAGUAGUUGACACUCCAACUUUCUUAUAUUAGUCAAAGUUGGUUUUGUUCAUUUGUAAUAAUGGUUCAUUUAACCUCUUGGGUACCUUAUUGUACCUUUCUAAAACCGAAGGUUCUCAGCAUUGUUCCAAUAUUUUUGUAGAAUACGUGUUAAACAUUUUCUCAGUGACCUUAUUAUGGUUCAUGAUAUUGAUUUUUUAAAGGGCAAUUAUUACUACACUAUUUUCAACCCUUUAAUGAUCAAGCAUUGAAGAUAUCAGGUGUACCACCAGGCAGACCUAAUGUGAAAAUGUAUGUUCAGGAAGAUAUACAUUUUCCAGAAUUUGUGAUUAUAACAGAGAAAACACGAUUAGACCAUAAGUAAAAAAAAAACACAACACUAAGGAGGAGGCAUUUACAUGUUCAAAUAUAUGUACACAGAUUUUGAUUUUUAUUUAUUUAUAAUGUAAUUUUAUAGAAUAAUUACAUAUUUGAAAGGAUCCGAGACUAUUUUUCUGUAUAAAUAUUAUUUGCCAAAAGUUGGUUUAUAUUCAAGAGAGUCUGAUUAUGAUGAAAUAAAUCUUAAAUACUUUGUUGAAUUGCAAAAACAAAAUCAACAGAAUCUAAGAGGAGCUAUUGAUUCAGUAAACACUUGAAACUGAAUUUCCACUUAUUUGGGAGCAGCAUUUCACUAUAGAUUUUCAGUGAAUAUUUGUUAGAGCACAUCACCAAAUCAUUUGCCUCUACCAUUUAUGUAUCCCUGACAUUUCUAUAAAAUCUUUCAGUAACCGUCAAAGAAAUUCUUCGUUUGCUAUCUUCCAUGUAAACAGCAGUCUAAUUCAUGUUACUAUGUGUUUUGGUUGUAAUAUUCAGUUCAUUUCCAUAAUGUGCAACUAAUGAAAUAAAAGAAGCAUUUUAAAGGCA